UUCUUGACAGCGUCAGAUUGUCCGAUGUCGUUUAUAAUUCAUCAAGUUUCUGGACGACCGGGUUUAAUGUCACAAUGUCUUGGAUGAUGAAAUGUUGUCUGUUAGUUGUGUUAAUAGAUAAAUGUAUGAAUCAGGAGAUCAAGUAUCCUGAACGCCAGGCAUUUAAAGCAAAAGGUAGAUCAGUUAGAAUCAAAUGCAUCGUGGAUCAGUCGACUCUUAAGUCCACAGCUCUUCACUUGUACAGAGCUCAAUCAGGUGGAGCUCUCCAGAGGAUCAUGUAUUUCGAGGCUGGAACUACAACACCCAAAACCGAGGAAGCUUUCGGCCGCAGAUUCACUGGAGCGAUAAAGCAAAAUGAAGUGACCCUCACUGUCUCAGCCCUCGCGCUGGAGGAUUCGGGGAUGUAUUACUGUGCGCUCUGGGGUUCAGACAACAACACACAGUGUGCUGAAGGGUUGAAAUUUAAACAACCCCAGGCGUUCUGGAUAAAACAAGAAGGAAAAACUGUAGAUAUAAAAUGUGAAGCAACAGACCUGGGCAAUAACAAUUAUGUCCACUGGUACCUAAAGAAAGACGGUGAAACAUUAAAAAGAUUGCUUUACAUCAGUGCUACUACUGGCAGCGUCGUAAAAGAUGCAAAUGAAUUUGAAGGUCAGAAAGUUGGAAAUAACUACAACAUAAAACUUGGAGUAAUAAAGAAGGAGCAUGCCGGUGUUUUUUACUGUGCAGCCUGGGAUGGCAGCCACAUGAAUGAAGCAAUUGAGCUGCAGCAGAAAAUCUUACUGAACAAAGCAGAAGAGAAGUUAGCCAUUAUAGACUGCAUUUUCCCUUCAGACUGCUAUACAUAUACUUGUAUCAACAAAAAGAUGGAGAAACCUUUAAGAGAAUGCUGUACUGAGAAAUCUAGGCUACCACACAAUCUGCUUUGCACAAGAGUUUUUGUUCAACAACAAAUGACUGUGGGAGACAGGAAAGUCUUUGGUUCAGGCACCAGACUGUAUGUGACAGUAUCAGGAAAGGACAAGGUUAUAGAGCCAACUGUGAAUGCAUACAAACCAUCAAAAAUCCAAGGUGAUAAAAGAACAAUGGUAUGUCAAGCCAGUAAUAUGUUUCCUGACCUGGUGAAAUUCUCAUGGCAAACAAAGAGCUCAUCAGGAGGAGAAUGGUCUAACGUCCCAGAUCAACAAGUCAUUGAACAGAGGGACGACGUUGGCAAUAAAACACAUCCAAAGGUUUUCGUGACAAGUAUGAUUACUGUAGAUAAAGACAUGAUCAACAACAACAACAAAUACAAAUGUUCUGUUGAUCAUGAAGGAACCAAGGAACCCAAAACAGCUGAAAUAAAUGAAGGUACAAGUUCAGCUGGGAAUGGGGGUGAUCCUGUCCAACCAACAUGUCCAACAACAACGGAGAACACAGAGGAAAAACAGAAAUCAGAAACCACGGAUGAAGCACCCAGUCUGUAUCUGUUUCUCUAUGCAUAUGGUAUAAUGCUCAUGAAGAACGGAGUAUAUUUUGUCGCUGUCUCUCUAUAUCUUUUCAAGAGAAGAUUUGAAAAGAAAAAUGAAAGCACUUAGGGACUAAAUAAAUGAUCUAAACAUUCAAAACAUCCACAAUAUUCAAAAAUAUUAUUUUCUGCACUUAAAUUUUAUGAUCUUUACUUUAGCAAUUUUUUUAGUAGUUUUUUAGAGUGUUCUUUUGUUUUUAGCUAUUAAAGGUUUUCACAUCUGUACUGGUGUGUUUUAUUGUUUCCAAUAAUUUUUUUAAUUUUAGUUUUAAUAAAUGGAUAAGAUAGAUUUUACUGCAUAACAUUAAUGAAUGUUUUGUUUUUUGUCUUUAAACUAAGCAAUGCAAUUUAUAAAAUA